CUGGCACUUAGGGGCGGAGGACAGAGUGAAAAGCAUCAAGGUUCUUAUCCUUUUCUCAAAAAUUGGCCCAGGUGUGUGGUUUUUGUUGUUGGUUUUUGUAGCCACUAAAAGAAAAUCAUUUAAUCCUAGUUUGUUUUGCUUGGACUCACCUCUCCUUCCCUGGAUCUUUUCGAACAUGUGUAUCAACUGACUUGCCAUGCAUGUAUCUCAUUACCUAGGUGCUAGAUUCUCCUCUCUUCUGUAACAUGAGCAAUAACACUCUUUUUCCUGAAUGUGAAAACAAUCUGCUCUGAACUAAGAACUUUCCCUCCCCAUCGUAGAUGCUGUUCUAGCUCAGAGGGGUGAGUUAAUUAAUAGUGUUUGUGUGCUCUGAUCCCCCUGGAGAAAGUUGUGUCUCCAGAGUUAUGGUGAUGAUGGACUCUAGCUGUGAUGAAACAGCUGGUGCAGUCACCUGCAUUCAUGCUCCCCCCAAAGAAGCAAUGGACCUUGCUAAGGUAUGUAACAUGGAAAAGUGCAUUUUAUAAAGGAUAGUCAGUCUUUCUGGGAACAUUCUUGAGUCACAUGGGAAGAGAGUGAAAUCUCAUUGGGUUGAACCCUAAAUCUCAUUGGAUUGAACCUAUAACUAGCUCUAAAUGCCUAAACCCUGUAACAUAAACUGACUUUUGCAAGUCCUGUAGUGGGGUAGCCUUGCUUCUGCCAAGCAUCAUUUUCCUAUAGAACAACACUGAAAACAAAACACACACUUUCCCAUAUGUGCCCCAGCUCUCCAGCAUUGUAUCUGAGCUGCAAAUAGAGAUGUAUAAGGGAAAAGGGGCACUAUAAAUACAGCGGGCCUCCUUAAAAGUCAGGAUAAAAUGUGUAAAUUAACUCAAACCACCCUCCCUUUCCUUUUAGAGGGGAAAGCAAUGAGAACAGGGAGACUGUGGGGGGCGGGGGUUAAAUAGUUGAUCAUUUUAAUUACUUUUCUUUAACCACCUCCAUCCCUGUUUUAAAAUGUCUUAAGCAUCCAGGCUGGAACCUCCAUCUCCUCAACGAAGCAGCAAUGGGCCAAAGGGGAUGGAAAUGAUGUUCAAGUCCUGCCCCCCAAAGUGGAGAUGUGCAAGAUCCAAGUAAGGGAAAUCAUCUCCUAGACUCCAAGCCAGAAUGAUGUACCUGCAGCCCCUGCCUCUUAUUGUGGUACAGAGCUUCCUUCAGCUUAUAUUUUGUGACACUAAACAAAUAGUCCAUGCCACAGACGUGCUGGAUUGGGAAGACAAAGAUGCUGCAGAGACAUUGGUCAACAACGCUGUCCAUUCCAGGAUCAUCAACCCUUUACGCCUAUUUGUUAAGCCAUCUCCAAUGUUGAAACAUGGCCAGAUGUCAUACUCAGACAGCAUAGAAAACUUUUGGGAUUGGUUAGCCAACAUCACUGAGGUUCAAGAAUCUCUUGCACGGACUAAGCGCAGACCAAUAGUAAAAACUGGGAAAUUCAAGAAAAUGUUUGGGUGGGGUGACUUCCAUUCCAACAUCAAAACUGUUAAACUAAACCUCCUCAUCACAGGGAAAAUUGUUGAUCAUGGCAAUGGAACCUUCAGUGUUUAUUUCCGACAUAACUCAACAGGUCUUGGAAAUGUUUCUGUAAGCCUGGUGCCGCCUUCCAAAGUGGUGGAAUUUGAAUCUUCUCCACAGUCAACGCUGGAGACCAAGGAAUCCAAGUCCUUCAACUGCCGAAUUGAAUAUGAAAAAACAGAUCGGGCUAAGAAAACUGCCUUGUGCAAUUUUGACCCUUCAAAGAUCUGCUACCAAGAGCAGACACAAAGCCAUGUUUCUUGGUUGUGUUCUAAACCAUUUAAAGUUAUCUGCAUUUACAUUGCUUUUUACAGUGUAGAUUACAAACUGGUGCAAAAGGUCUGCCCUGAUUAUAAUUACCAUAGUGAGACGCCCUACUUGUCCUCUGGCUGAUGUAAUUCAUAUUCUGAGUAACUGUAGAAAUACAGGAUUGGUCAUAAAUAUGAGUUUCCUUUUAUCUUCUGCAGAGGACAGUGCUUCCCUAUCAGGUUAAAUAUGUCUUUACAAAACUUGUAGAUGUUUGUGCUGUUUCAUGAAUAUUCAACCUGUUUAUGUAACAAUCAUUUUCAUUUAACACAAUUACAUUCUGGCUAUGUUGUUAAUAAGGGAAAUACCAGAUAUUAACAAAAUGUGAUAAGGAGGAACAAAAUUAUGCAUGUGCUAAACACUGAUCUUUAAAGUUAUCUUUACUGAGGUAGGUUUAAAGGGCUGCUUUAGAUAGCAGACGCAGUGAGAUCUUUUACUUGGUAAAUACAGCACCUCGCAUCCUGGGGUCACAAUCCUGAUUGUAUUUUGUUAGCACCUACAGUUCCCAAACAACAAACAAUAAGAGGAAGACAACUGGGUCAGGCCUGCAAGCUCUCCACAUGCAAAACUCAAUUUCAACAACUCUUCAACUGAUGUCAACAAGAAUGUCACACACAGAAGAUUUGAUUAAUUGAGUCCUAAUAUUUAAAUAAAAUGCUAUUUCUAUUAAAGAAAUGAAAGAAAAUUGAAUUCCUACUCUGGGUUUUAGCAGCGACGCAUAGUCACUGGAAUGGAAGAGCAGUUUCUUCAAAUUCUUACCUGUGAAAAUGCAAUGAUCCUUAGUCUGUUAGACCCACUAAGUGUACAGGUUUGGUGUACACUUUUCCCUAUUGUGGUCGCCAUUGUUUUGAUUUAUACUCAGAUAUUUACAUAUAUACCAGUACUAGCUUUACAGUGGUAAUAGAAUAUAAGUGUACUCUGUAAAACCAUGGUCUGUGUUCAGUGAGCCCCAGAAUAAAUAACAGAGAGUGGUUUCCAUUUAAAGGAAAGCAUUUACCUUAACAUCUUGCUAUCCAGUGCAUCCUGAUUUAUUACCUUCCUGGAAAUGGAAAAGUAUCACAAGAUAAGGCCAAUACCCAAUAACACAUGCUUUUCUUUUUCAUGAAACCUAGUUAAACUAGUUAGUAUCUUUUAAGACAAGAAAACCACAAUCCCUGAAAAAUGAAAGGUCAACAAAAAUCUAGACCUCAUGCCUCAUAUAAGAUUACAAACCACUGACAUCAGUACAGCACAUUUCAACAUAUGGCCAGAUUCUCUGGUGGUAUAAAUUUAUACCACCAGAGGAUCUGGCCCUAUAUGCUGCUUAUGUAGGGACUGAUACUGUUCCCCUGAAGUCAAUGGCAAAAUCGAUUUCAACUGUUUGGGAUCAAGCAAAAAUGACAUUUGUAUUUAUUUAUUUAUUUUGGUUAUGGUUUUUACCACUAUUGCGGAUUACCAAGAUGUGUGUGUAAAAAGAAGCCAGCUCCUGCUCCUCUUUUCUGAUGUCACAGUUUAGUGUCUGAUGUCACAGCUCUUUGCCAAGGUUUAGAAAGGGAUUGGCUGGAAAGGAGAGAGCUGUUUGUUACAUAUGAACUGAUGAGCACUGACCGAAAGGUACAUGCAUAUAAGAAGUUUUGCUAAAGCAGCUGUGCUUCUGGACCAAUAAAUAGACAGACUAUAUGUCAAAUCAAAAAGGAUGCCACUCAUUAGAUUAUUUCUCUAUUCUUACUUAUUGCAAAGCUUCAUACAGAAAAUCCUUUGUUAAAGGAAAUGUUUAAUUUGUUUUUGUCUUAAAGUUACAAAUUUAGAAAUGUGGAUUUGUUUAUAAAAAUCUAAAAGUGUCCCUGUCACAGUUUAUUCCAUAUAAGUGGUCUUUGGGUUUCAGGUGGGUUUUGGUUUGCUUACUGAUACCUACAUAAUGUUCCGUUUUGUGUUCUGUAUAGCGUCUUAGAUUUAGCUGUAUAUAUGCCAGUAUUUAUUGCUAUAUUCUAUUCGUUCAGUGUUUGAUGCUUUUGUAACUUAGUUGUAAGCCACGAUUUUAUUGCCAUGUAGUUUUACCCAGCUCUAUAAACUAUUUAAAAAACUACAAAGUAUUUAUUGUAGAGUAUGUGGAAAUCAUAUAUGUAUAUAUACUUAAAUCUAUGUGUACAUAUAGAGAAUAUAUGUGUACAUGUAUUUCCAUGUAAAUAA